CUGUUUGGCGACACUUGGCGGCGGGUGGCCUGAGGGGAGCCGGUGGGACCGGGACCGGGACCGGGACCGGGGUCGGUGUGCGGUGGCGGCAGCGGCAGCGGCGGCGGCCGCGGGGCUGUCUGCCGCGGCAGGAUGAAGCUGACCACGCAGGCCUACUGCAAAAUGGUGCUGCACAGCGCCAAGUACCCGCACUGCGCCGUGAAUGGGCUGCUGGUGGCCGAGCGGCCGUCGGGCGCCCCGCGCCGCGAUCAGGCCGGGCCUCCCUCGCUCUUCGUCGACUGCAUCCCGCUCUUCCACGGCACACUGGCCCUGGCGCCCAUGCUGGAGGUGGCCCUCACCCUGAUUGACUCUUGGUGCAAAGAGAAUAGCUACGUGAUAGCUGGAUAUUACCAGGCAAACGAACGCGUGAAAGAUGCCAGUCCAAACCAGGUUGCGGAAAAGGUGGCCUCCAGAAUCGCAGAGGGCUUUAACGAUACAGCGCUCAUAAUGGUUGAUAACACCAAGUUCACAAUGGAGUGCGUAGAGCCCGCCAUUCACGUGUACGAGCUUCACGAGAACAAGUGGAGGUGCAAGGACCCGCACGUUGAUUUUUGUGAAGAUUGGAGCGAAGCCCAGAGAAUCGCUGCAUCUCUCUUGGACAGCAAGUCCUACGAGACGCUUGUAGAUUUUGAUAAUCACCUGGAUGAUAUCCGGAACGACUGGACAAACCCAGAGAUCAACAAAGCUGUCCUCCACCUGUGUUAGGGGGGUCUCUACUGACUAAUUUACAGGCAUUCCCACUAUGUACUGAAGAGAGAAAAAUGCUAUUUUUGAAUGUAAAUAGAAUAAUAUUCAGUACCUUGUGUGGAAACCCGACUGAUUAAAAAGGAGUGGCAUGUCACAUUGCAAAGAGUGAUGUGUCCGUAAGAUGGUGAAUCUUUUUUGUGAGAUUCCUUGGAAGAACUGCAAACUCUGUUACAGCUGUCCUCGCGGAUGCCUUCCCAGUCAUAGUGAAUGUUGCUGCUCCUUCAAAAUCAGAACCACUUCUGCUUGUCCCUACUGUUUGAAUUACAAAGGUUUGACUAAGCUUUUCUAAUCUUUCAAGAGAUUACUUUUUAACGAUUUAUGGAAAUACUUUUCCAAAAAAAUCAAUCUUGUCCUCAGAUGUGAAAUUUUAAGGUCAAAUACAUAAAACGUAAGGUUAACUGUUUUCUUUUGGCCUGGUUUGGAAAUGUCAUUCUGUCGGCACAGUGCAACGCAAACUGCCAAGGACGAAGUACCGUGCUCGUGUGUCACCUGCUUUGCAGUGGUUUAGCACGACACAGCUACCGAUAACGUGUUAAAGCAGUAUUCCCAAAUUCCACGGGGAUUCCUGCUCUCCGGGGGCGUACAGCCACAGUUAUUGCUUGAAUAGGUUAAACUCAAGGUAAAAACAGAUGUUCACAUAGCGAUUUGAAAAAAGACUGGAAGCGCACUAAUGAGUUUGAGUGAAAGUUCUAAAACAGUUUGAGUCUACAGAAGAAGAGGGGAGUGAAAUGCUAUGUUAAUUUUAUACAGUCUUUUCAGGGGUUUUUAAACAGAUCUGACUUCCAAGUGGCUCAUGUGGUGUCCAUUUAAGUAAAUCUAAAAUGUGUCCCUCCACGUAGACUGAAUCCAGGGGCCCAGAUACACUCUGGUUCAACUUUUGUGGAUCUUUCUAAUUAAUCUUUAUUUCCAAGAAUAAGUUUGCUGGGCGAUGAAGCUUUAUAGCGUCAUUUCCUCUUAUGUUAUUUUAUAUGCGGUUUUUUGUCAGAUCCUUUGUGGAGUUUUUGAUGGAGGAGGGAGGAAGAGGUGGCACGGAUGGAGAGCUUCCUUGGUCGCUUUGGUCAGCCUGUGCUUCGUGCACAUGCCCGAUGUUGGACUAGCGCUGUUCUUCAAAAGUCUGCUGCCUCACUCCUCAUGGAUGUGUGUCAGACUGUAGUUAAACACAGCCUCAAACUGU